GGGAAAUUCAAAAUGGGAUCUCAAUUAUUUUCGAAGUUAGAUUGAUUAAUACGCGCCGCAAUGGGCGUAAUAUCUGACGAUUACAUAGGUCGAGUAAUUUGCGCGAUAUUGCAUUAAAACUCGCAACUUUAUUAAUAUUUUAUGUCGUGUCAGCGUAGUUAAGCUCUUACAAGGAUGUGGAAGAAACAUUAUUAAUAAAAUAUACUAGUUUUCAUCCGCCCGGUAAGUCCAAUUUUUAUAAAUUAUAGCCUGUUUUAUGCUGAUGUCUUAGGUAACAAUCCUGCGAAGUUAAAUCGAAAUCCAUUAGUAGUUUUUGCGUACAAGAGUAACAAACAUCAAACAUACACCCAUACAUUCUUACAAAUAAUGAAGUAUAUACUUUUUUGUUUUUUAUAAUAUUUGUAAUAUAAAUUUAUAAAUAUGUAUUAUAAAAAACAAAAACAUUUUUAGGGAGCAGUAGACAGUUUUAUUAUCUGCGAAAAAUUACUAAUAACGCCAUCUGUUAGCAGUGUGAAGUAUACUUAGUCUUCACACAGAGACAAAGUUAAGUACAAGAAAGAGACAGAAAUAUUAUGCCAAGCGCAUCACUUGGCACGUUUUCGUAUGUUAGUUGCUUUAACCGCUCAACGACUUGUUUAUGUAGUUUUUAUUAUAAUGGCACCGUACGGUGAUCGAUGUUUUAACACAUUUCGCUUGGUACUUUAUAGAAAAUAUAAAAAUUUAAGGAAAAUAUCUGAAUGUUUAGCUCAAAAGUGGAGCUUUUCACGAAAUAUUUACGUACGUACUUCCUGGAAACAACUUUUACAUGAAACACUUCCAGUAGCCAAUGAAGACAUUGUGCAAUGCAGUCAAACAUCUAGUGAACCUUCGCAAAACAUUCAAGAUGAGCCAUUCAUUCCCGAAGAUAAGUUUAAGCACAAUUCAACUCAAACCGACACAACCAUAGAAAACCAAGAGAUUGUGAAGCAGCUAAAAGAUAAAUUUAAUGAUGAUAAGUUGAACAAUACUUAGUAUAUCAAAAAAGAAUUACUUAAAUUGGACUUGUAGUCCCGGAGAUAUGGAACAAACAUAAAAACAUACAUCGACACCCGCUAAGUACAAGUAUGUAUCUGCCUGAUACACGAAUUGGUUUUUAUUGCAUUUUUAGCUCCAACGUAUCUGUAUUUAAACAAUAAAAAAAUAUAAAAAAAAUUAUAACAACCCAACAUGCUUUUUUUUCAGACGUAUAAGUAUUUAUAUGAAUUAGCUAAUAAAUAAACACAACGUAAAAAUAUGUACGUUCCAGUUAAAUAGUUUGACGCGGGGGGAACGGGACGCGGGGUGCGGGCAACUGCCGCUCUCUGUUCUUCGGCGGUAACAGCGAGCGGCACGCGCGGGCGCUGCGUAAUAUUUUAUUUCUAUAAUUAUGUCGAGUGAACGGUAUAAAUUCUUAAUAUCGCUAAAGGAAGAUGCAAUUACAAGGCGACAGGUUGUGACCAUAUCACCAUCAGACGGGAUGGAUUCACCACCUAGACAAGACACUCCAGUACACUUUUCAAAAUAUUUUACGGAUGAAGACUUACAAAAAGUGACGGAAAUUAUUGAAAACAGUGACGAGGAAAAAAGUGCUCAUGAUAACGAUUGUAAGACCACAGUAUGUUCUAUGGCACUGUCUUCAAUGAUUAGAAAAGAAAAAGACCCAGUGCUUUCACCGCCUGAAGUAAACUCUUAUGACCCCAUAUUAGCACCGGCACCAAUAAUGCUUAAAUCACCUAUAAUGAGCAAUAUCAGUUCAGGUAUUGAAAAUGAUGUUUCUAUUGAGUCACCAAAUUUCUCGUCAGUUAUAGCUCAAGAAAUUGCCCAGUUGGAGUCUGUUAUAUCACCAGUUCCUACCACACCUCUUUCUUUGCCAGUAAAUUCACCCAUGCCGAUAGAGACCCAGUUAUCAGUCACUGAAAAUACGGUGACUGACAUUGUACCAUCACCAAGGCACAGACACUAUAUGCAAGAAAACAAGAUAAAGGUCGAUUACGAUUAGUCCAUAAGGAUAAAUGGUUGGAUGUUAUGCGAAAGAAAAAUAAAAAUUUAGGAAAUGCUUACAAAAGUAGGGAUGGGAAGUCAAGAAAUAAGAGAGAGAUGGGGCCGAGUUGUGGAGAGAAAUGUAAGUUAAAAUGUUCACAAAAAAUUACGGAUAUUGAUAGAAACUUACUUUUUGUAGCGUUUUGGUCUAUGGGAGAUAUAGUUCGCCAUUGGGAUUACAUCAAUAAGUACUGUGAAAAAAUUACUAAACGUCGUUUUACUACUGAAACUGCUUCCAGAAGAGAAUUUACUCUGCGAUAUUAUUUACCUACAAAAACACAUAUGACCGAUUCAUUGGCUCCAAACACACAGACUUUGAAAAUACAAGUUUGUAAAACCAUGUUUUUAAACACCUUUGGGAUCAAACAAGGUCUGGUAUACUCAGCAUUAAAGAAGCUUUCAUUGGAAGGCACUGUUGCCCAUGACAAAAGAGGCAUCCAUGGACACACCAAGAAAAUCACUGAAGAAAUGAUUGCAAGUGUUUGUGAUCAUGUGAACAGUUUUUGCACCUGUGGAAUCACACUAUGUUCGUAAACGGAUCUCUGACAUUUGCUAAGAUGUUUUUGUUGUAUAAGGAUUGGAAUGAUCCCAAAAACCAAAAUAAAGCACAAACAGCAAGGCAAUAUCGUGAUAUUAUCAAUAGCCAUAUUAAUUUGGGAUUCCAUAUUCCCAAAAAAGAUCAAUGCGAUGUUUGUCACGUAUACAAAAACUUACUACGUCCUGUAAGUGAAGAGCAGUUUCAAAUAUAUAAAAGACACACAUGAGGAACAAAACUAUUGCACGAGAGUUUAAUGACGUCCUAACGGCGGUGUAUGAUUUUCAAAAAGUACAUGGAUUGCCCUAUGGUGAAACAAGUAUCCUUUAUUACAAGCGAAAAUUAACUGUAUUUAAUUUCACAGUAUACGAAAUGGGGAGUAGGGUUGCUAAGUGCUAUGUUUGGGACGAAAGCACAGCAAAGCGAGGAGCUAACGAGGUGAGCAGCUGUUUGUAUAAUUAUAUUAAGGAGCAUCAUCAGAAGGGCAUAAAAAUAUUCAACUUUUGGUCUGACAAUUGCGGAGGACAAAACCGCAAUCGAAUCGUUUUUGCUGCCUAUUUGCGAGCUGCUAAGGCCUUUCAGGUCACUCACAAAUAUUUUGAGAAAGGUCACACUCAAAAUGAGGGUGACAGUGUACACAAAGCACCGCUAAUUAGUUUGCGGCGCUACACAUCGACACUACUGUCAUUUACACAGUGUACAUGUGUGGGUAAUUUCAUAUUACUGUGUAUAAAAAUAUUCGUCCACCACGUUCACAUUGAUAUUUUCAUUCUUGUGUCGGUAUACGUAUUUUUAUAAUUUAAUACAUAGGUAAGGUUAAAACUAUUUACAAUUAUUGAUAUGACCCGACAUUUUCACUGUCAUUAUCGUAGUGCUCGUGGUCGAUUGGUUAAUGAGCACGCUUUUAUCGUCUUUCAAGGAUCAAUGAUGUGGGUUCUAUUCCAGCUAAAAGUUUAUUUUAUUUUACCUUGUUAUUUUUCUUAUUUUUUUU